AAAAGGGACCACAGUCAGGGAGACACCCACACCUCACAAACCCACCAUCUGUAAACCCACAGCAACCUCCACCCUCUGACACCAUGGUCAACUCCUGUUGUGGCUCCGUCUGCUCUGAGCAGGGCUGUGGCCAAGACUUCUGCCAGGAGGAGUCCUGCUGCCGCCCCAGCUGCUGCCAGCCCUCCUGCUGCCGCCCCACCUGCUGCACCUCCAGCUGCUGCCGCCCCAGCUGCUGCCAGCCCACCUGCUGCCGCCCCACCUGCUGCAUCUCCAGCUGCUGCAGGCCCCAGUGCUGCCAGUCUGUGUGCUGCCAGCCCUCCUGCUGCCAGCCCACCUGCUGCCGCCCCACCUGUUGCCAGCCCACCUGCUGCCAGCCCAGCUGCUGCAGCCCCACCUGUUGCACCUCCAGCUGCUGCAGGCCCCAGUGCUGCCAGUCUGUGUGCUGCCAGCCCUCCUGCUGCCAGCCCACCUGCUGCCGCCCCACCUGCUGCAGACCCUCCUGCUGCAUCUCCAGCUGCUGCCGCCCCACCUGCUGCCGCCCCACCUGCUGCAUCUCCAGCUGCUGCAGGCCCAUCUGCUGCCAGACCACCUGCUGUAGAACUCAGUGCUGCCGCCCCAGCUGCUGUGUGUCCACCUGCUGCCGCCCCUGCUGCUCUAGUGGUUCUUGCUGCUGAGCCUUUCACCUCCACUCACCUGUUCUUCAUGAACUAAUACUCUUGAUGUAGUCAGUCUAUGUGCUGUAUUGUGAGGGCCCAAUUUUGAACUUUCAUUUCUAAUGAAAUUUUAGAUGGAGUUUUGGUCUCCAAUACAUCACUCCCUACAACUGCCACGUACUUUUGUCUUCCAAACACAAAUCUCUGAAAUCUGGCCACUAUCAUGUCUCUGCAAUGGAAAAUUUUGCUCUGUGCCAUGUUUUCUCUUAUGAAGAUAUUCUCACAUCUUGAAUAAAUCUGAUUUUUUUCAAGCAUACAAA